AUCAGUUUUCUUUUUCCUUAUCUGUUUGUACAGGCAGAAAGGAGGAGGAGACUUGGGUUGCCACCAGAAGAUCCUUCAACUGCAAAACCUGCUGCACCUGUUGUGGAAGAGAAAAAGAGCUCAUUGCCCAUAAGGCCUGCUACAAAAGCAGAGCAAAUGAGAGAAUGUUUGCGAUCUCUCAAGCAGAACCACAAGGAGGACGAUGCCAAAGUGAAGAGAGCAUUCCAGACUCUUUUAACUUUUGUAGGGAAUGUUGCCAGAAAUCCCGAUGAGGAGAAAUAUAGAAAAAUAAGACUCACUAACCAAUCUUUCCAGGAUAGAGUUGGUUCAUUCAAAGGAGGUAUUGAGUUUCUUGAGUUGUGCGAGUUUGAGAGGGUAGAAGGGAGCGAGUUCUUGUUUCUUCCUAGGGACAAGGUUGACAUGGCAGUGCUGAAUUCAGCUGGGUCUGAGCUAGACUCUGCAAUAAAGAAUCCCUUUUUCGGUGUUCUUUAAGUUCAAAGAUGUUUUCAUUAUAUAUACAGUUUUUCUUUUUCGGAUUUGGUGAGGUGAAAUUGAUGCGUUCGGGUUGUUUAUUACAUUACGACACCGUUUUGGCCAUUAUUAAUAUAUGGUUAUGAAUUAAGGGAUCUUUACUGCGAA